AUGAAGCAUACACAGUGUGAGACCCCGGUAUCCACCAGUGAUGGAAGCAACAGUCCCUCGUCAAGCAAUUUUGUUACGUAUUUCUCCGGUGAUCCCCCGUCCCCGAAGAGGAGAACCUACAGUCGUCGGAACCCACCUCCCAACACAGUGUCUACCCAGGAAGAGGGAGUGGGUGACCGAGAACGUCUCAAUGAAGUCGUACGGUGGCAUUACCUUCGCUACUUCACAGCAUAUGAGGACACGGACAAGUUGAUUCGGACGAUCUCUCCCAACCUGGACAGUAACACUUACGAGUACAAUCAGUUGUACAAAGACGUUGGCAAUUGGACUCGUGGUUGGAAGAGCACCACGAUGAAACGCUUCAAGGCGUACAUUGAGGACGUUGUUACCGAGGACAUUGUCCUCAAGAACAUGACGGACCCAGGGGCUCUACAUUCGUACUUUCGUCAUAAUUUCAACCCCCGGGAUUUCGCCGACGUGUUCUACUGGAUUCAACGGCUCUUGGAUUGGGAUAAGACAUCUCCGCUUGGAAAGAAUUUCAUCAAAGAUAUCUGGAGUAAUUUAGCUGUCCAACUCAGACUGCACUGGGACAUCUGUCAAACCGGAAACUACAGGUUAGCAAGGGGAGACUGGGUGGGGAUCCUGGAGUUCUGGGACGAAAUGGCGCACGACGCUCACUACGAUGUUGUCAAGCCUGGACUAGAGACGUUUGCGAAGAAAUUUGCGUCUACAGCGAUUCGGAGGGCGAAGGCUAAGGUGGAAAGGCCAAAGGGACCAAAGCGAAAAUUGUUCCACCCAUUUAGGCCUCUGAUCCUUUUCGGCAAGCCCGAAGAGCAGGAAGAUGAGGGAUCUGAAGUGAAACGGGGAGGGGAUGGAAAAUAUUUGGAAGGCGCGAUGGAUUCCGAAUGGGAUUAG